AUGGAAUGCUUAGAAGAGGAGGCAGCCUGGAAUCUCUUCAGAAAUAGUGCAAGGAUGGAUGUCAUUGACGCCGACAAGAAUAUACGGAUCCAGGCUAGAGAUUUAGUCAAGGAAUGUGGCGGCUUGCCUGCAGCUCUCAUUGUGCUGGCACAAGCGAUGGCACCUAAAAAGACUUUGGAAGAGUGGAUACACGCCUUGACCAUCAUGAAGGACACACCACACCAACUUCCUGUGACAACUUGCGAGUUUGCGCCUCUUAUGGUGCAUUAUUCAAAAAAGGAUCUUGGAUUGGCAAAUAUAAUAUUAGGAAUAUGGAUAGGUGAAGGGAUUAUUGAUAAUGCCGAUAAUAUAUGGGAUUCUACCAGGAAGACACAAUUUCUGCUUGGCAUACUACAUGCAGCAUCUUUAACAGAAAGAGUUAAUGAUGACUACUGUUUAUCCCGGGCCCCAAUAUCCAACAACUACUUCACGAUCCAUCCCAUGACCCGAGCCAUGAUAUUGUGGGUGCAACGUGAGUGCGGGAAGAAGGAGAACAAAUGGUUGGUGCGGGAUAGGGAGCGGGUCGAAGAAGCAUCGGCAGUUGAGAAAUGGCGAGAUGCAGAGAGAAUUGCACUUGUGUGGAACCAAAUAAGAGACCUUCCAGAAGCACCUCAAUGUCCUAACUUGAUUUUUCUGAAUCUUGACGUUAACAAAUAUCUCAGGAAGUUUCCAAAUGGCUUCUUCUUGCACAUGCCUCACCUCAAAAUCCUUGAUUUGCAACAGACUUCUAUAGAGGAGCUACCGGUAAGCAUUGGUAAUCUGAUGCAACUACACUUUCUCCAGCUAUCCGGAACUAGGAUUACUUCUCUGCCAAAGGAGAUGGCAGCAUUAGUAAAUCUCAAAUAUUUGUCAUUGGAAUCCAUGAAAUAUUUGAGAACUAUUCCUGACCGACUAAUCUCCGGUCUUCGAGAAUUGCAGUGGCUUGACAUGGUGGACAGCUACAGUGGGUGGAGGGAAGGACAGACUUGGGAAGGAGGUGUUAGUUUCGAAGAGCUGGAAAGCUUGAAGAGAUUAAAAGUCAUUGGGAUCACAGUCAGCACGCUUGCUGCUCUUCAAAACCUCUGUGACUCUCCAAGACUGGCAGCAUUCACACAUUGGCUCCAUAUAGAAGGGUGUCAAGAUUUGAUGAUGUUCAACAUCCCAUCCAUGGAUUUUCAUGCGGAAACUAUGCUCAGACUAAUUCGUAUCCAGCUUCACGCAAUGAGUGAGCUAGAAGAGGUAGUAAUUGGUAAUCGUCAACCUAUUCUUCUACCUCUACAAGAGCUUCGACUUUCGAGUCUCCCAAAAGCAAAGCUGGUCUGGAGGGCUUGGUUCCCUAAUACUCUUGUUGCACUAAAAAUUGAGGAUUGUAGGGCAAUAGACAGAUUGAUCAAAUUGGAGGGAGAGGCAAAUGGUAGUGGGGAGACAAUUAUAACAAUCUUUCCUUAUCUCCAGAUAAUGGUGCUACGGCAGCUUCCAGAAUUGAAGAGUUUAAGUGAUGGGCAACGAAUAUUAAAUUUCCCAUCGUUGAAGACUAUCAAGGUGGAAGAUUGCCCCAAACUGACGAAGCUGACGUUGGUUGCUGAUGGGCUGAAAGAGAUCGAGUGUGAGAGAUUAUGGUGGGAGCAGCUCAAUUGGGGUGACGAACGAACCAAGUCCUUUGAACACCUCUACAAUCCCAUGAUAUAG